GCGGGCUCGGGCUUACGUGUGGAAAUGUACCGAAAUUGACGACCGAAGGAACGAGUAGCAACGCGCUCCCGCGCUCAUGGCGCUGUUUGAAGCCGCCGGCUGUGAGGUGAAGUGAAGCGAUGACUUGGAGAAAGCGGGGAAGGGCUUCAGAGUUCAGCCAGUGACUUGCAUCUAUAUCUAUAUGUAUAUAUCAAUCAUUAUGAUGGAGUCGAGCAGAGCAGCGGUCAGCGUACAUGAACAAUUCUUGAUUUGAGUCGAUCAGCGGCCGGUGUACUUCACAUACUCUCGACUUGAACCAUUUCGAAUCAAGUCGAUGGGCAGCAGGCAGGGCACUUGAACUACCUAUUAUGGAACCGCAAGUCGACUAGCGGGGGCAGUGUAGUCGAACUGCCAUCGAACUGAGCAGCGGAGUGUAGUUGAGCGUAGCGACGUGUGGUCGGGUGUUAGGCGUGCCGCAGAUGCGAGAGGAGCGAGCGAGCGAACGCACGCGCAGGGAACGACAAGAACGCUGCGUAAGCGAAGCGAGAAGAGGGAGGAAGGGGGAAGGAAGCGCAAGGCGCAAGUGAGGAGGAAGGAUCAGGCGCAAACAUGCAUGCUGCGGCGGCACCGACUUGCCCGUCGGCGCUUGCCACUCACCACUCGGAUGAUCUCACAACCAAUGUGCGACACCCGCCGUCCAGUUCGGUGACGUCAACCGGAAAUCAAAGAUCAGUGACGGCUCAUAGGGGAACGGGCGGCUGCUGCUAUUCUCAAGGCGGCUUCCAGGGGAGGAGGGGGAACGCGCGCGCUUCGGCGCUCGUUGACGAGGGCGCUGGCGGGAGAUCCGAGGCAAGCGGAAGACGGCGGGCAGCUAGCCAGGGGCGGGAUGGCGCGGUAUUCGUAGCGGCGGGAGGUAGAGUCGCACAUGUCGCACAGGGUGCAUGUGCGCGUCAGCAGCUGAAUCCUGGUGGCAGAGAGGCGGUCGCUGCCGCGACUCGAUUGUCUUGUGAGAGCAACUAUUGUGUAUCCUGGGCUACGGCUUCUCAUCCUCGCUCCCUUUCUCCUUCGCCUGCUUUCCGUUGUGGGCAAUCACCUCGUUGCGCUUCCAGCGGCUUCUCGUCCUUGUCAUCUUCCGUUUGCGACGGCCGAUGGGGAAUUUCUGGUAGCCUCAGAUCGUCUUUUCUUCGGGGUUCAGAUGCCGCGAGGAGUUGUCAACACUUGUUUCUCCGAGAUCGCGCCGAAAAUAUGGUGCACGUUCAAUCCGACUUCCGCAUGCGGGCUAUGGUGACCACUGGGUCACCAGCACAGGGACAGCAGACGAGGGCAACCUUCGUACUUGAUGGGCAUGGCGAACUGGAGGUUCUGUCAUCAAGCGCAUCUGAUGGCAAAGGGGCACAUAUAGAGUUUAAAAUCUCAGGGUGGCCGCUUGUUGAGGCCCCCGUCCUCCUUCAUUGGGGUGCCACAAAAGAGGGUCAAAAUGUGUGGGUACUUCCACCUGAAUCCCAGCUUCCCAGGGGCACAAGAAAUUACAAGGAGCGUGCCCUUCAGACCCCUUUUAAAAGGUCUGGAGACAAGGCAAUAUUGGCACUUGACUUUCCAGAUGCUUCUGCUUACAGUGGAAUAGAGUUCCUGCUGAAGGAUGAUUCGAAGAACCAUUGGUACAAAUUUAAUGGUGGCAACUUCCGUGUUGCAAUCCCAGGAAGAAAAAGCAAUCAAGUGGUCCAGGUUCCAGAUGACCUGGUAUCAGUGCAGGCGUACCUCCGAUGGGAAAAGAAUGGGCGACAGAACUACUCUGCUGAGCAGCAACAGAGAGAGUACGAAAUAGCGCGGAGCGAGCUCGAAAAUGAAGUGAGGAUGGGGAUGACAAUCGAGCAAUUGGCAAGGAAGCUGCUAGGUCCUGGAGCAGACACUGGUCGCUCUACCAAAGGGUCGGCCAGAACGUAUGAGGAGCGCAGUGUUGCUCAAGUUCCCGAAGAUCUGGUGCAAAUUCAAGCCUUUCUCAGAUGGGAGCGGGCAGGAAAGCCAAACUACAGCCUGGAGAAGCAGCAGAGUGAGUACCAAGAAGCAAGGCGGGAUCUGGAAGCAGCUGUUGCGAAGGGAAACAUGAGCAUUGAUGCCCUCCGACAUCAAUUGGUCAAGGGAGAUGGUAUCGCCAUGUCAAACAAGCCAGAUAGUGGGACCACUGCGCCUCCUCUUGGCAGGAAGGGUGGUUCGCGGAGGAUUCAGCGGAAGAACUGGAACCUGGACGAGAUAGUUAAUCGACAUGCGAAGCGUGUAGUGAGGAAGACAGAUGAUGAGGAGGCUGCAGAGGUCCUGAAAGGACCACCAGGACCUGUGGGAGAAUUAUCGCCUCUGGAUCUGGGAGCGCAAGUCAUGGAGGGAGCCGAUCAGGGUGUGGUGGUUUUGAAGAAAACACAUGUUUUGCCGCCUGGCUCGAAGCUCCUGAUUUUGGUGACAAAUCAUGGAGGAGAAGUAAGGGUGCACAUUGCAAGUGAUUCUCAGGAAGAGUUGAUACUUCACUGGGGCAUGACAAAAGACAAAAUGAAAGUAUGGAAGACUCCGCCAACUGGCUUGCGACCAGAGGGGACUUUCGAGACUGCAGGAGGAUCAUGCGAGACGCACUUCAAGAGAGGAUUUGCAGGAGAUUUAUCACUUCAGUCAGUGGAGCUGGUUAUACCUGAAGCUGAGGCGUCUGACUACACCGGCCUUUCAUUUGUCGUUCGGAGGGGGAGUGAAUGGUUCAAGGACAAGAAUUUCGCUGAUUUCCAUGCACCUUUGGCACCCCCUAGCUCAGUUGCUCAGCAUGUUUCAGAUGGUAAAGGUACCUGCAAGUGGCUCCUUGACCAGAUUGCCGAUUCCGAGAGUGAUGCUGAACGUUCGCUGAUGCACAGGUUCAACCUUGCUGCAGGAUUCCUUCAGGCUGCAAAGAGUGAAGGAGAGCUGGCACUUGCGGCUGUGUUUAUUUGGCUGCGCUUCAUGGCGACACGACAAUUGAUAUGGAACAAGAACUACAACGUCAAACCUAGGGAGCUGAGUGCUGCACAAGAUCGGUUGACGGAUGGGCUGCAGCAACUAUUUGUUGAGCAGCCCCAUUUUAGGGAGCUUGCGCGGAUGAUGCUGAGCACGGUAGGCCGUGGAGGACAAGGAGAUGUUGGACAGAGAAUACGUGAUGAAAUUCUUGUGAUCCAGCAAAAUAAUAGCUGCAAAGGAGGGAUGAUGGAAGAGUGGCAUCAGAAGCUUCACAACAAUACGACUCCUGAUGAUGUUGUUAUUUGCCAGGCACUCAUAGACUUCAUUAACAGUGGGUUCCAGAUGGAUGCAUACUGGAAGACGCUGAAUUCUAAUGGGGUGACUCGCGAGCGUCUUGCAAGUUUUGACCGUCCUAUUGUUUCCGAGCCCAGGUUUAGCCGAGACCAGGCAAAUGGGUUAGUCCGUGACCUGUCUUCCUAUAUGAAGACCCUUAAGGCUGUUCAUUCGGGAGCAGAUCUCGAGUCCGCCAUAGCUGUGGCACUGGGCUACAAGCUGGAAGGUUGCAGGGUUGCCAAAACCGUGGAGAUUCAGCCGAUUGGGGGACUUCCAAGAGAUCUAAAUCCACUGUUGGAAUAUGUUCUAGCUAAUCACGAUAGCAAGGAUGUGGUAUCCCUGCUAGAGGCGCUUGUGGAAGCAAGGAGGGAGAUCCGGCCAUCUCUUCUUAAGGCGAGCAAUAGACUGAAGGACAUUAUAUAUUUAGAUUUGGCACUGGACUCGGCUGUCAGAACAGCAGUGGAGCGUGGCAUGGAGAACGUCCACAAUGUCGGUGCUGCGGAUGUAAUAUACCUGGUAGCGCUUGUGCUGGAGAAUCUUUGCCUUUCGACUGAUGACAAUCUCGAGCUUGUAUAUUGUUUGAAGAUUGAUAUUUUUGCAGAAGAGGUAGUUAGAGCAGGAUCGGCUGCAUCGUUAUCGAUAUUGCUGAACCGUCUAAACCCAAUGUUGAGGGCUGCUGCUGACAUGGGAAGUUGGCAAAUUAUUAGUCCGCAUGAAGCCAGAGGGUUUGUGGAAGUUGUGGAUGCAUUGGGACCUGUGCAACACAAAGAGUAUGGAAGGCCGACUGUUCUUUUGGCGGGAAGAGUGAUGGGAGAGGAGGAAAUCCCAUCAGGAGUGGUUGCAUUACUCACACCUGAUAUGCCCGACAUUCUCUCCCAUGUCUCGGUUCGUGCUCGCAAUGGGAAGGUUUGCUUCGCAACUUGUUUUGACCGGAACACUUUCUCAGAUUUGCAAGCCUUGAAGGACCGGGCAGUUAGGGUUGCCCCGAAAUCGUCUGCGGAUCUUGAAUACAGUGAAAUUGCUGCGGAUGAAGUGCGAAGUGUAACGACUGGAGGAGAUGAUGAAAGUGAUGUGGAAAAUGGAUUUUAUCCUGACGCCAAGGGGAUCAACAUAGAGAAGAAGAAAUUCCUUGGGCGAUUUGCGAUCUCUGCAGAUGAGUUCACCUCUGAGCUGGUUGGAGCGAAGUCCAGAAAUAUUGUUGGUUUGAGAGGGAAGCUGCCGUCCUGGAUCAAGCUGCCAAACUCUGUGGCUCUUCCUUUCGGAGUCUUUGAGAAAGUUCUCUCGGACAAAAUCAACAAGGAUGUUGCCAAGGAGAUUGAAGCACUCUCGAAGGAGCUGCAUGCUGGCGAUUUGUCGAAGCUGAAGGAGAUCCGUAAGGCUGUGCUCGGAUUGAAGCCACCACAGGAAUUGGUGACUGAGCUGCGUGAGAAAAUGAUCUCCUCUGGCAUGCCAUGGCCAGGGGAUGCAGGGGAGCAGCGAUGGGAGGAGGCGUGGCUAGCAAUCAAAAGGGUUUGGGCAUCUAAAUGGAACGAGAGGGCGUAUCUGAGCACCAGGAAGGCUAAGAUCAAUCAUGACCUAGUCUGCAUGGCUGUGCUUGUGCAAGAGAUUGUUCAAGCAGACUAUGCGUUUGUCAUUCAUACCACCAACCCAUCCAAUGAUGACGCCUCAGAAAUCUAUGCUGAGGUGGUGAAGGGCUUGGGAGAGACCCUUGUGGGAGCCUAUCCAGGAAGGGCACUCAGCGCUGUUGCAAAGAAGUCGAACGUCCACGCACCUAAGGUUGUCGGUUUCCCUAGCAAACGUGUCGGCCUUUUCACACCGCCAUCCAUCAUUUUCCGAUCCGACUCCAAUGGUGAAGAUCUGGAGGGCUAUGCUGGAGCAGGGCUGUAUGACAGUGUGCCCAUGGAUGCAAAUGAGGAGAAGUUUGUUGACUACUCGACAGAUCCGUUGGCCACCGAUAACCAAUUUCAGCAAAGAAUUCUCAGCAAGAUCAUAGAGGCUGGAUAUUUGGUUGAGCAGGUUCUGGGCUCGGCGCAGGAUAUAGAGGGUUGCAUUAAGAAAGAGGAUUUGUGCAUUGUACAGACAAGGCCACAGAUGUAAAGACAGCGGGACGAGCGACAGUCAGGCAUAUGUACAAAUUCAUUGGGCCAGGCUUGUGGGAACACCUAUGCCGAGGACCUAUGGGCUGCCUCGCUGCACUUCUCAACAUUCGACAAGUAUCUGGACGGGAGCUGGACCAGAUUCAUUUGGACAGAUCAAACAUGUCCACUGUAUUGGGACCACUUUCAGCUCCACAUGUGUUUAGAAUGUUGUGCGGUGGAGCAAGGAACUCGUUGUCUAUUUGUUUGGAUGGUGGUGGCUGGUGAAAACGACGAGGGAAGACGAAGAGUGUUGACAGUUGCUUGUGGUAGGAAUUGGAAUUUGGAGUGAUUGGCGAAGUCUGCAGGUUGAGUUUGAUUUCCGAUUAGCUUUCGUCUACUGUCACUCUAAACUGGCUAGACCUGCAUCACCCUCCUUGUUUGAUUGUGUGAUGUGCUGAGUUUGUACCACUGUAUGGCGCGUGUCCAUGGCUGUGUCCAUGGCUUAGUCGUGGUUCGGGUCCGUUUGAUCAUGGUUUAGAUGUUUAUACAGUCCUUGUUAUCAUGGUUUAGAUGUUUAUACAGUCCUUGUUCUCAGAGUAUAUGGUGUCAUGUGCAGCUUGACAUUGAAUGAAAACCCUGUCAGUGA